CACGAAUGCAGCGAUCCAGGAACGUCUAGGCGCCGAACGAUGCGCCGAGCCAGAAUCUGAAAGAUCGCAAUCUCUGGGCUAUAAGACGCUGGUCGCCCACUGCGGCGGAAUGGUAACUUGUAUACAUUUCCAGCAUGACGCUACUGCAGACCAUCCUGCGCGCAACGGCGUUCAAGAACCCGCUGCUGCGGACUCUGGUCCCUUCGCUGGCCCUCGCGUACGGGAUUCAGACCGCCGUUGCCGUGCCCUCGAUCGCGGCGCAGACGGAGAAGUACUAUGACCUGAGCGGCAGCUUGACAUAUCUAAGCUGCGUCGGCGCAUCGCUGGUGCUGCCGUACCUGCGCGCCCAGCAAGCCGGCCAUGCAGUCGGCGGCAUCGCGGAGUACCUGAGCUCGAAGGGCCUCGGACAGGGCACGUGGUGGUGGAGACAGGCGCUCCUGAGCGCCGCGGUUGGGAUAUGGGCUACGCGACUGGGCACGUACCUCUUCUCGCGCAUCUCGUCCGACGACGGCAAGGACUCGCGCUUCGACAACAUCCGCACGUCCCCCUCGAAAUUCUACGUCGCCUUCUUCGCACAGGCAACAUGGGUCUCACUAUGCACUCUACCGGUGAUCCUCGUCAACUCGCUGCCACGCACAGCCUUCGCCACGGGCCUCGGGAGCGCCAUCUCCGCAAAGCCGUACCUGACCGACAUCAUCGGACUCGCCCUGUUCGUCGGCGGCCUGACAUUUGAGAUCACCGCCGACAGGCAGAAAUCGAAAUGGGUCGCGGACAAGAAAGCUAAGAAGCACAGCGAGCAGUUCCUCACGCACGGCCUGUGGUCCAAGUCGCGCCACCCGAACUACUUCGGCGAGAGCACGCUGUGGACGGGCAUCGCCGUUGCGGCUGCAGGUUUACUCGUGCGGCAGCCCGCGCAAGCUGCGCUUGGGCUGGGUGGGCUUGGUGCGACGGGGCAGGUGCUGGUCGCAGGCUUGUGUGCGGCGAGUCCGGCGUUUGUCACGUUUUUGCUGCUCAAGGUUAGUGGGGUGCCGCUCAGCGAGAAUAAAUAUGAUGAGCGGUAUGGCGAUCGCAAGGAUUAUCAAAAGUGGAAGCGCGAGACGCCCAUGUUUGUCCCAAAGUUUUGAGGGCUGGAGGGAGGCUGUAUGAGUAAGGGUGGUUAUACGCGCCUAAUCACGUGAGGAGAGAUGCCUCAAAUGCAUCCAUUCCGGUCACGCCAGAAUUAAUACACAAGGUGUGCAGAGUGCAUGAAGCCACAGCUGGAUCCCAGUCGCUUCUUCACGUGUGACUAAGCGCUCCGCUUUGGAAAAUGAUAGUAUUUAUCACAAGUUAUCUACUACAAAGGUCGCUCCC